AUGACAGAUUCAAGGGAAACUGAAGUUAAUGAACUUAUAAAGUCCAAUAACUAUACGGCUCUUGCAGCAUUCUGCCGAAGCUAUGAGAAUUUAAAUGAAUUAAUGACGAAUUUCUUAUCAUUCCAAGGAAAUGAAAUCAAAAAACUUACACUUCAAGUAAUUUCCAAAAAUUUCCGUUUUAAUGCUAAUGAAAUGCCUAACGAAAUCAUUCCAAUCAUAUAUUCUUUUUUGUUUGAAGUUAUUCCACAGAAUUAUAAUUCGUUACAAGCAACACUGGCAGCAGAAAUAGCUGAAUCGCAAUCACUUUUCGUAUUAUACAAUUAUCCAAAUAACUAUCCUAAUAUUUUUAAUACAAUUUUUGAAUUUAACCCAGUUAUAAUUGCGGAAUUCUUAGUAUCUUUCGGAAGGGAAACAUCAGUUCUCUCACCACUACGAUUGGAAUUAUUUUCGAACUUAAAAGGUUCUCUCCGCCAAUCUGGAAUAUUAAAUUCGAUUCUUGAAUACACAUGUCAACUAUUAGAGUCGGAUAUUCAAACAGCUCUACGAAUAUUAGUUGAAUUAACACCAUGGUGCGAUUUAGACUUUAUAAAUAAUCAAGAUGUUUUGCGUCUUCUUCAACAUGGCAUUGAAACAAAGCCAACAACAGCAAAUGCGCUAACAGUAUUCAAUAAUAUUAUCAAACGUAGCAUAAAUGAUUCAAAUAUUUCAGAUUUGAUUUUUAAUUUCGCGAACAUUGAAAAUCUCACACAGAUUCUUCAGACUUUUAACGAUUCCGAACAAAUACAAAACGCAGUUGCAAUUUUAAUAUCAAAUGUCGGAUUAAUUACUUAUGAUGCUUCAUUUUACGAAUUUUCACUUCAAUUACUUACUAUUAGUGAGUUUUGUGCUGUUACGGUAUCACCAUUUAUUUGUUUUUACAUUAGUCAACAAAGUGCAGAAUCAUUUGACUUCGAAGCAGCUUUCCAGCUUGGAUUCGAGCAUCUUGUUACAUUCUUCAACUCAGAUAUCACACCCGCUCUCUAUUUAAAGAGCAAAAAGUACGCAAUUGCUUUUUCAAAUAUUUGCGUUACGACAGUUGAAUGCCAAAUGCGCUCUGGUGCCUUCACAAAUCUUGAAGAGUUCAUAUUCUCGCCAAUUGGCGAAACAGAUCCAACAGAAGCACCUGCAAUUAUCGGUGCAUUAACAUUUUUCGGAAAACAGUUACUUUCCAAAGGUUAUAUAUACAACAAAUACCUUGAUAUGUUCAUCCAAAAGACAAAAUCCAUAUUAACAAUUGAACAGCCAUAUUCUCCACAACAAAUUAUCUCAUUCUGCACUUUUGCUGAGUUAUCUUACACGGGAGCCGACAAAUUCCGUCAAGCAGACACAAUGCAAAUGCUUUCCUUGUUUGUUAACAUCAUGCAGCAGUCGCAACUCGAUACAGAAUCACUUUCUUUCUUCAUGAGCUUAUUCACAGAUUUCACUUCUUAUCAUUCUGGACGUCUGAAGAGUGAAGCUAGUGAAUUAAUAGAAGAUUUGAUUGGUUCAUGGAAUCCGGAGUGUAUUUCUGUUGGCACAGGAUUAUUAAUGGCAGAAAUGAACUCUGAACAAAGAUUUGCUGAAUAUUUAUCUAAUUUUGAAAGCGCUAUUUCUCAAUCACAAUCCGGAACACCUGAAUUCAAUAACAUUAUUCUUUGUACAUUGACAUUUAUGAAGAUGAAAACUAACAAAAAUACUGAUAACUCUCCUUAUAUUCCUUUCUUGGAAGGUUUGCAACAAUAUGUUAUAGGAGAUGACCAUUUAACAAGUGUUUACAUUGAAGCAGCAACUGCUUUGUUAACAACAGAUAUUUUUGAUUUUGUUACAACAUUUAUUCCCAAUGUUGUUGGGCCAAGAGGUUUGAGAUCAUUGAUCUCUAGCCUUUUGAAGUAUUUCAAGUCCCAAAUUAUUGAUAAUGAUGAAUGGUUGAACAACUACGAACAAGCCAUUUUUAAUAGUUUAUGCGCUUGCCUUGAUGUUGAUAGAAUCAAGAAGGAAAAGAAUAUCUUUAUUGACACGGCUUUCGAUGAAUUUGCUGAGACAUUUAAAUUAAACAGAUCAAAAUUAACCGAAGAAUUCCAAUCCGCUGUUUUCGAAUACAUUAGAAACAUCUACUUGCAAAUCAUGGAUAGACCAAAGAUAUUCACAUCUGUAACAAUGAUGUUUAAAGAUUUCGCUAAAAAUUAUCCAGAACAAAUCUAUGAAAUACUCCAAAUAUGCCCUGUUUCAUUUACUUUGGCUAGUGAAUUGGAUCAAGAUGCUUCUGGUUUGUUCCAACUGUUUAAGAGAACACAGAAAUUCUUCCAGUCUUUGAAUUCUCUUAAUCCAGAGAAAGUGCACGAAAUAUUAAAUAAUGUCAGCAAUUUAGGCUUACAGCCUGAAUCGAUUGAAUCUUUCUUGCUUGAUCCUGAUGAGAAAAUGUCUACAGAAGAUGCUAGAAAAAACUACAUUGAUAUGAGAAAAGUUAUUUCAUCAUUAGGAAUUUAA